UCGCUGCAUGCUUCAACAUCCACACUGCCAACAUCUGCAAGCAGCAGCAGCAGCAGCAGCUCACCAUCACUUGGGAGUUCGGAGCUGGUCAGCAUUAUCAAGCUUGAGCUGAGCUAGGUACGUAGGCGGGCUUGAUCUCGUGGUUGACACACGAGCUCAUCGUCAGCCAUGGCGUUUAGCUCUAGGGCCGUCGUCGCCGUCGCUUCGGUUGCUCUGCUCGUCGCGGCUCUGGCCUCCACCGCCGCAGCCGAGGGCAAUCCCGUCGAGUACACGGAGAGUUACUACGAUAACACGUGCCCCAACGCGCAGAACAUCGUGCGAUCGGUGAUGGAGCGGAGCGUCGCCGCCAACCCGAGGAUGGCGCCGGCCAUCCUCCGCCUCUUCUUCCACGACUGCUUCGUCAAUGGUUGUGAUGGCUCCCUCCUCCUGGACAGUACGGAUUCCACGGAGAGCGAGAAGGAGGAAAAAGCCAACGCCUCCCUCGCCGGCUUCGACGUGAUCGACGCCAUCAAGUCCGAGCUCGAGCGCAGCUGCCCGGCCACCGUCUCCUGCGCCGACGUCCUCGCGCUCGCCUCCCGCGACGCCGUCGCCAUGCUCGGCGGGCCCAGCUGGGGCGUGCUGCUCGGCCGCAAGGACUCGCGCUUCGUUACCAAGAACGCCACGGAGGAGCUCCCGGACCCGAGAAACGGCCACCUCGACGUCCUCCUCGGGGUGUUCCGCGAGCACGGCCUCGACGAACGCGACCUCACCGCGCUCUCCGGCGCGCACACCGUCGGCAAGGCCCACAGCUGCGACAACUUCGAGGGCCGCAUCGACGGCGGCGAGGGCUACGACGACAUCGACCCGUCCUACGCGGCGGAGCUCCGUCGGACGUGCCAGCGGCCGGACAACUGCGAGGAGGCCGGCGUGCCGUUCGACGAGCGGACGCCGAUGAAGUUCGACAUGCUCUACUACCAGGACCUGCUCUUCAAGCGGGGGCUCCUCGCCACCGACCAGGCGCUCUACACCCCGGGCAGCUGGGCCGGCGAGCUUGUGCUGACCUACUCCCGCAACCAGGAGGCGUUCUUCGCCGACUUCGCGAGGGCGAUGGUGAAGAUGGGGAACAUACGCCCGGACCCUUGGACUCCGACGGAGGUCAGGAUCAAGUGCUCCGUGGCCAAUGGUCAUUAUUGAUGGCCGGCCGUCAUAUCUCCUUUUGUUUAAGCUUUGAGUCCACCCAACUCUUUUUGGACUCAUCUGUAUUUGUCUAAAUCAAAAUUUUACGUUUACUGUAUUCGUUUGUAUAUGUCAAUUUUUGUUUCUUCUAACGAUGCAUUCGUAUAUGAAUUCGUAUAUGUGCAAUAUGAUGUGAUGCGAAAUUAAAAA